AUGUACUCUGAAUCAGAUUUCACACUUCCUUUUGAGCAGGUCUUGGAUUGCGGCCCGGCAUCCAUGGCUCCAGAAGCGCCAAUGUCCACCUCAUUCACCGUCCCUUCGUCUGAGAAACACGUCCUCCAAUCCGUACUUUACAGGCUGGAGAGCCUCGAGAAGGAGGUCGGAAAGAGCAACCGUCUAGAGAAACGAUUCGAUGCAGUGGACAGGGAGUUAUUGAAGAACUCGAAGCUUGAAGGCAUCGAAAGGGACAUCACCAGGCUGCGAGAGUCCAUCAAUAGUUUAGCAAAAGAUCUCAAGAGUUUCUCCGUGGAGAUGAGCACGAGACCUCAAGAAGGGCACUAUCAUGCCGAAUGA